GAGGGACUGGGAUCGGUGGAGGGAAUGAUGAGAGAGAGCAGACGCUUAAUCAGCUCUUGACUGAGAUGGAUGGGUUUGAGGGUAACACUGGUGUUAUUGUGGUUGCUGCAACCAACAGAGCUGAUAUUCUUGACUCCGCGUUGCUGAGACCGGGGCGGUUUGACCGGCAGGUGUCUGUUGACGUUCCUGACGUCAAGGGGAGAACAGAUAUACUCAAGGUUCACUCAGGGAACAAGAAGUUUGAGAAUGGUGUUUCGCUUGAAGUAAUAGCUAUGAGAACGCCUGGAUUUAGCGGAGCUGAUCUUGCAAACCUCUUGAACGAGGCGGCUAUAUUGGCUGGACGACGUGGAAAGACGGCGAUAUCAUCGAAAGAGAUUGAUGACUCUAUUGAUAGAAUUGUAGCUGGGAUGGAAGGAACUGUCAUGACAGAUGGGAAGAGCAAAAGCUUGGUUGCUUACCAUGAAGUUGGCCAUGCCGUCUGUGGAACAUUGACUCCAGGACACGAUGCUGUUCAAAAGGUCACGUUGAUACCAAGAGGACAAGCGAGAGGUUUGACUUGGUUCAUUCCCUCAGAUGAUCCAACUCUGAUCUCAAAACAGCAACUGUUUGCAAGAAUUGUUGGUGGACUCGGUGGUAGAGCUGCUGAAGAAGUUAUCUUUGGUGAGGCUGAGGUGACAACUGGCGCAGUUGGUGACUUGCAACAGAUCACCGGUUUGGCUAAGCAGAUGGUUACAACAUAUGGGAUGUCUGAAAUUGGACCAUGGUCGCUAAUGGACUCAUCAGCUCAAAGCGAUGUCAUAAUGAGGAUGAUGGCAAGAAACUCCAUGUCUGAGAAGCUUGCAAAUGACAUCGAUUCAGCGGUGAAGGCCCUAUCAGACAAAGCAUACGAGAUAGCUUUGGGACACAUAAGGAACAAUCGUGAAGCCAUGGACAAGAUUGUUGAAGUACUUCUCGAGAAAGAGACUAUGUCAGGCGAUGAGUUCCGAGCAAUCCUAUCAGAAUUUUCAGAAAUUCCACCUGAGAACCGUGUUGCUUCUUCCUCAUCGUCAUCGUCAACAUCAACACCAACACCAGCUUCUGUUUGAGUAAAAGAGACCUUGUGUAUAUCCUAAAGAUACUACUUCCCAUACUGUGUGACAAGUAUGUUUAGUUUGGAGUAUAUAGACGAACUCAGUUAUAUAUAUAAAAGGAAAGUUUACUUAACAAAAA